AUGGAUCCAUAUCGUGUUCAUUCAUCUGAACAAUUAUCUCAUACAUUAAAAACUGGUGACAAAAACGAUAUUCAUCAUCAGACAGCUUAUUUAUCGGAUAGUAGUGAAACAUCUUCAUCACGUGUAAUUAUACAGAGUGCAACUAAUACAUCUGAACAUACGUUGCCUCUUCGUAUUGUAUCAUCUCCUUUGUUAUUUCAAAAUCAAUCAUCGUCACAAUUGAUGACGACAAAUGAUAAUCAAAUUAUAAAACAUUCAUCAAAAGAAAAUUUAUCGUUUGGACAACGUACAAUUGAAACACAAACUGAACAGUGUUACGAUCCAUUUUUUUCAUCAAAAUCAAUACCAUCAUUUGCUGAAACACAAUUAUUAUCCGUUUAUUAUUUAAAUCGAACUGCAAACGAUAAAGAUCAAAAAUUUAAAGAUACGUGUAUAUUUACUGAACAACAAGAUCGUAUUCCUAAACGUUCAAAUAUUACAAUUUCUGAACAAGUUCGACAUCAGUCAAAUCGUAAUUUAUCAUCAAAAUCCACUCAAACACAAUAUACUUUUCUAAACACACAAUCAACUCAGACAUCACCAGGUGCAUCAAAAAAACAAAAUCAACAAUCACAACAAAUUUCACAUCUUCCUCGAUUAUCUACACACGGUAGUACAGUUAUUGUUGACGGUCGUUUAACAGCACAACAAACCAUUCGACAAGGACAACAACAAGGGAUACGUGAAACAAGUCCACUUUACGAACAACGUGUACGUAUCAAUUCUGGUAGUCAACGUUUAGCAUCAGCUGCUAUUGACGAUAAUCUAUCUUCUCCUGAUCUAUCACAAACAUCUGAUUUAGUCGAAGAAUCUCGUUACACAUACGAAGAAUAUAUAAUUCAUGUUGAUGAUAAUCAAAAACCAUUAGCACAACCUUCAUCCGACUCUCAGUUACAAACAACAAUGAGAAAACAAAAUUCAUCGUCUUCUACAACAACAUCUUCCUCUUCAUUAACAACAAUCAUUGCACAAAAUAAUCAGGUGCCUCAGCAAAUAACUACACGCGUUAUCCCUCCACAGACUACAACAUCUGUUACAUCAGUUCCCAUCUCAACUAAUUCUGGAAGAAAACUACCAUUAUCUCAGCCACAAACAACGCUAAGACAAGAACAAACAAAAGUCGUUACUCAACAGUUGCCACGUGACGCAGUAGCUAUUGAAAAUGUGGUUGAAAAACGGCUAGAAAAUCAAAAAAAACCUACAUCACAAAACGAACCCGAUUCUGACCGUACCAGUCAUUUGAGUGACGAAGGAAGUAGUAGUAUGUCUGGUUCAUUUACCAAUCGUGACUGGCAAGAAGAAAGUACAAUUUUUUCUCAAGCUCAAGCAUCCGGUCCAUACAGUUAUCAAACUGUUCCCGCAGGAAGAGUCUCGAGUUGGCCUCCGGCAUACGAACCAGGCUCUGAAGAUUUAGGCGCAUUUGAAACAUCCAUUUUACUAACUGAUAGUCAACAACAAGAACAAGAUGGUUAUCGACGCCCAUCAAAAGUACAGUUUAAUGAAGAAAUACAAGUAAUACCUUCGAGUGCAAAUAAUAGUAUUAGUGAAGAAUCAUCACAACAAAAUAUAGUGCCACCACAAAUUGUACCAAGAACAUCAACAAGAGCUCAAGAUAACGGUGAAGAUGAAGUUGAUAUGGAAAUAGAAGAAGAAGACACAACAACCGACACAGAUAAAGGGGCCGUUUCCUACGAUACAAAUAAGAAUGAGUAUUUAAAUUUAGCAAUACCAACUAGUCGUUUACAACGAGCAGGCGGGAUAACAAAUUUGAACGAAGUAUUGAGUGCAACAAACACAAUUUCUCUAAGACCUACUGGUCCACCUCCUCCUCCUCCACCUUUGGUACUACCUAUCAGCUCUCCAAUUGGAGUUGAUCCGGCAAAAGUUAGUGAAAAAUUACAACGUUUAGAUUAUAAACCUGAUCGUUUGCUUACCGAUAGCCCCACAGUCGUUUCGUCUACGACAUCACCUCGUCCACAUCAAACAGUUCCACAGUCAAAAUGGGUGAAAGAACGUUUGAGUUCACUGGAACACGAACAGUCAACACCAACUACCGGACGUGUCGAUAAAUUACGUAACCUAUUUGAAAAUCGUUCAUCUGAUUCGUCUACAUUAAAUAGUCCACCAUCACAACGACGUAUAACAGAUGAACCAGAAGAACGUCUAUCAAAACAUGGUGAUGAAGUACGAUUUCGGAUUACUGAUCAUCGUGUACCAACAACAACUACAUCAACUGUCAAUCGCUCACGUGAACAGAAUACAUAUCAUGCAUUACCAGCCAGAGUUGAAUCACCUAUCAAAUCGUUAAAUACACCGACCUAUUCUGAUUUUACCUGGAAUGAUCUAGUAGGACAAAAACAACAACAAAUAGCACCUCCGCCAUAUAAUCUUGAUGAUAUUCGUAAUAUAACAAAUAAUAAUCGAAUUAGGAGUCUUUAUGAUAUUGGCGAAUAUUUAAACGAUGGAAAAACAUGGAAAUGGAAUCAUACAUUUUGGUUAAAUUUAACACAACAUCAGCGUGAGCAAUUAAAACGUUUGCAAGAACAACAGAGUGCACAGCGAUUUCGUACAGACUCAGGUGAUACACAAAUUGAUGACAGUCAAGAAGAAGAUCAAGCGGCCGAAGCUGAUGUUGAAGAUAAUCCUGUACGUGAGCAUGUACAAAUCAGACGACAACGAUCACGUGAACAACAAGAUAAUCAACAAUUACCACCAACGCUCGAUAUUAAUGAUACAAAACGUUUCAAGUCUAAAAAUGAGGAUGCAGGUAUCACUGUAGCAGUUAGUGGAGCUGGAGCAUGGCAACAACAGCCUCAACAACAACAACAAUCAGGCAUAGCAAAAUAUAGUGAAAAUAGUGUUGUUCAUGAAACAAAACCUAAUAUAACUGUUUUCGGCACGGGUCCACAAACACAGACGUCUGCUUCUAGCCGUACAUCACGUGUGAAAACUGAACAAGUUCCACAACAACAGCAAGGUUUAAAAUUAAGUGAAUCAGUUGAAUCUGUAACAUCAUCACAAGAUGAUUCUCCUGUACAUACAAAAGGCCGUCGAGCACUGGAUACUUAUCGAGCGAAUACUAAAGAAGUGAAUACAAGAAGAAGACAUCCACAGCAACAGAUACGAACUAAUGAUUUUGAUCAACAUUCAGUAUCAUCCUUUGAACAGCAACAGCAGACAACUAUAACAUCAGGGAAAAAAUUGGACAAUAUUGGUGGUAUCAUUGAGUCAGGAUAUAGUUCUUCAGAAGAACCCGAUAGUCGUCGACAGAAAACACAAUUUCGUCCAUUCGGUGGUUCAGGACCGACAACAAUAAUCGAAGAAUCAUCUGUUGACCACCAGCAACUUCAUCCUCAGGCUCAACAAAGAGAGCGAAUUCGUUCAUCACAAGAACCAGGUCCAGAUCCAUCUGCGGGUAUUGCGUCUUUAAUAUCAACUAGUUCAAUGAUAGUUAAUUCGAAUGAUGUUUUAUUACAACAACAGCAGCAACGACAACAACAACAACAGCAACAACAACAACAACAACAACAACAUAUUUAUGAAAAUCUUCGUCCAGAUGCUAGAAAUCAAAUGGAAUGGCAAGAAUUAUCGAUCUUAAUGUCACAACAGCAACAACAAGAACAAGAACAAAUUAAACAGACUGUUGAAAAUGAUUUGAGCUAUGAAAAUUUUGUUUAUGAUUAUUUAUCAAAUAACUGUCGUCGUUUACGAGAUAAUAAUGGUAAUUUAGUAUUAUCCAUCGAUGGUCAACAAAUAAAUAUGAAUUUUCGUUUACCUGAUGUUGGACGUGGUCAUCCUAAUGAGAAUAUUGAUGCAAUAAAACUAUCUCGUGAUGUAUAUGUAGACUCAAUUGAUCGUAUAAUACAACCAUAUGAAACCGAACAAGGACAAUUAGUUAUAUUUAUUAAACAAGAACCUAUUGUUAUUCCUGCUGAUAAAUGGGCUAAAUAUAAAAAAAAAUAUUCUCAAUCACAAUGGAUUCGUCAAUUACCACGUGUUAAUCGAAAUAUACCAUCAGAAAUACAGCCUAACGUUGAAAAAUGGUUGGAAGAUAAUUCAACAUUUACGGAAUUACCACAAAAUAAUAAUAGUAUUUUUUUGAAUAUUGACGGUCAACGUAUACCAUUAAUUGGUAGAGGAGGUAAUCAUUUAAUUGAUUUAUAUAAUCAACGACAAUAUCGUUGGUCAGCUAUAUUAAAUUAUUUAAUAAGAAUUGGACAAGUUUCUUAUGAUCCUGAACAAAAACUUGUCACAUUAUGCAAUGUGGAAUUAGACGUAUCUGGAUUAUUAGAGCCAUCAUCUUCUCUGAUCAUUCCCAGAACAGUUAUAAAUGACCUUCAACGAGAACAAUUAUCGUCUUUUCUACGAACAGUUGAAGUUAAUUUUCAUAAUGAAGAUGGUUCACUAAUAAUUCAAUGUCCUUACAAUGAACGUUUAAUUAUACCUGGAAGUUUUGUAUCCGAACUCUUUCAAAAACAUGAAAAUGGUGAAAUAUUAAAUGCAAAUGAAUUAGCUAUUACUCUACUAGAAAUAUGUAAUGUUGAAGAUUUACCAAAUAAUAAUUUCCGUUUAAGUUUUGAUCAACGUUCAAUUACUAUACCAUCACAUGAUCGUCAGUCACGAACAUCACCAGCAAUAGCUCUUGAACAGCAAAUAUCUCAAGAACAAAUAGAUUCACAAUUAUUAAAAUGGUUUGAAACAAAUUGUCGAUGGUCAAGUGAACAGGGACGUGUAUUUAUUAUUAAAUAUCUACCAAAUCAAAUAGUUCGUAUUGAAGGACAAGAUGGUUCACGUUUAUCUCAUUUAUUUCAUCGUCAGGCAUUAAAAUUAGAUGAUAUUUUACGUUGGCAUAAAGCUAAUGCAAAUAUAAGUUUAAAUAAUGUUGAUAAUAAAUUGUCAUUAACUAUAUUACCAUCAUCAACAAUAAAAAUUGUUGAUAGUGAAAAAAUGAAACAAAAAUCAUCAUCAUCAAUGUUACCUACAAUGAGAAAAGAAAAUAUAUCAGAACUUCAUUUUCGUAUUCCUCUUGAAAUUGAACAAAAUAUAAGCGAAUAUGAAAAAGAAGAAGAAAUGAGAGAAAAAAGAAGAUCGAUAGUAAAUGUAAUAGAUAACGAUAACGACAACGAUGAAAUGACUACUAGACACAAUAUACAAGAACAGUUAGUUGUGCUUGAAACUAUUAAAUUAUUAUUAGAGAAUAUAAAUCAAUAUGGUAGUAUAACAUUAAAUUCAACCGGUGGAUUAUUAUGUUUUAAUUAUGAUAAUCAACAAAUUUUAUUUGAUGAAAAUGAAACAAAAUUAUUAUGUCAUGAUUUAGAAUUAAAUAUUGAUCGUGUAGCAAAAUAUAUUUAUGAUAAUUCACAAACAUUUAUUGAAGAUAAUGGUAGAACAUUAGUAAUUAAGCAAUUUCAUAAUAAUAUGUAUAAAUUUAAAAAUUUAAAUGAUAAAGUAAUUUUAUCGCGUUCAAAAAAAUUACGUUUAACAUUACCAAAUUUAAAACAACAAUCACCAAAAAUCGUUGAAAUUGAUCCUGAACAAAUUUCUCAAUUAAUACGUUGGUUAGAUCAAUUAAAUCGUCAACAUCUCAUAGUUAUAACUGAUCAAAAUGAUAUUAUUUUAAAUAAUGACACUAAUGAUGAAUUAUUUGUUGAUCAUGAUGAUGUUAAUGCCUAUAUGGAAUCAAAAUCUCAACAUAUUACAGAAGAUGAUGAACAUCCAGAAGUAAUUAGUAUGGUUGAUAUUGCUAAUAUUCUACUUAAACAUGGUUAUAUUGAUAAAAAUAAUAAAAAUUUAGUCUAUCGUGAUAAUAAAUCAGUGCCAUUAUCUGAUACGACAUUAUCAACAACACCACCACCACCACCACCAACAACAACAACAGUAACACCAACAACCGUUGAUAAUAACGAAAGACAACGUGAAUUAGAUUGGUUACAAUCAAUUAUACAUGAGAUACGUUCAAAUCAGAAAAAUAAUGAAACAGAAGUUGAUUUAUUCGAUGGUGAACGUACACAAAUUCUAAGAAUACCUUAUCAACAAUUAAAAACACCGCAAAAUAAACGUUCAAUUGCCGAAUAUUUAUUGAAAAAUGGACAUCUUCGAUAUGAUACAGAAAAUGAAAAUUGGGCCUAUCGUUAUAUUCCACCUGAUGAAAAUGAUAAUAAAGAAAAUACUAGUGAACAAAUAGCACAACGUUCACUCAUUUUAUCUCAUAUUCGACAUGUACAUAUCAAUGAAUCAACGGGAGAAAUUGAUUUAGAAUUUCAUAAUGGUCAACGUUUACCUAUACCUAAUGUGUUGAUACAAAAUAUUCGCGAUAGUAAUUUUGAUCGUUCAUACAUAAUCGAUAUGUUACUAAUAAAUGGAGGAUAUCUGACAGAUAAAAAUAAUACAUUUGUAUUUAAUAAUCAAAAAUAUUCAUUACAAGUACCAAGACCAAUACCGAAACAAACAACAACUGAAACACAAUUACAAACAUAUAAAUUAUCUACAAAACAAAAAACUGAAAUGUUAAGAAAAUUUAUCGAUCUUAUUAUUGAACAAGAUGGCAUGAAACAAGAUCGUACAAAUGGACUAUUAGUAUUACAAAAUCAAGAACAAGAACUUUAUUUUACACCUGAACAUACAGAACAAAUACGUUCAAAUAAUUUACAUCGUAGAGAUGUUGUUAAUAUACUUAGUCAACAUGGAACAAUAACACGUGAUGAAUUUCAAAAUAUUUUAUUACUUUAUAAUGAUCAAUAUAUUCAAUUACCACCAUCCGUAGUAUCAACAGAUCAACAACCAUUAUCAAAUGUAAUCAAAUCACUUGAACAACGUCUUGGUCCAGAAAAAAGAUCAAGAUCUGAAUCUGGUAUUGCCGAUACAAUAAAUAGUAAUAAUGAUCGAGAAUUUUAUCAACGUCUUAAUCAUGAAACACGAGAACAAUUUAUAAAUCGUUAUCAUGAAACAAUUGAUUAUAUGUGUAAACGUGAACAAAUAACAUAUGAUAAACGUAAAAGAUUAUUUCAAUUACGUUUUUCUAAUAAUAUUUUAACUAUACCCUAUGAUCAAUUAAAAUCAAUUAUUGAUCCAACAUAUGUUGAUAAUUUAUCGACACGUUCAACAAUAAAUUUACCAUUUGCUUCACAUCAAUUAUCUGAGUGGUUAUUAAAUAAUAGUGAUACAAUAAAAAAUUCACGUAAAGGAAAUAUAAUAUUAAUACAUAAACAAAAACCAUACGAAUUACCAUUGGUUAAAACAUCAAUACAACAAUAUCAAAGUUCAUUCGAUGAGCCAGUAAAAAAGAGUCAAUCAUCAUCAACAUUAAAUGCAAUUGUUAAACGUUUUGGUUUAACACCUGUUGCACGUCAACGACAACAACAAUUAUCUAAAAUUGAUAUGAAUGAUCCAGAUGUACAAAUGAAAUGUAUAUUAAAUAUAGUAGAACAUAUUGAUCAAUAUGGUGGUGCCAAUUUAGAUAAUAAUACAAAUGAAUUAAUUUUAUCAAUGACACCUGAUAAUCAACAAAAAUUAAUAAUUAAUGAAGAAUUAUUAGCCGCAUUAGUUAAUGAACAACCAGUUGGUAUAUCAAAAAAUAAAUUAGCUCAAUUUUUAUUAAGAAAUGGUCAUGUUGAAAUGGUAAAUACUGAUCCAUUACAAACAAAUAUUAUUUAUCGAUAUAAUAAUGGUCAACAUUAUACAUUUCCUAAUAUAACAAAUUGGUAUGAUGUUCUCACAACAGAAUCACAAGAAAAACGUAUUGUUCGAUUAUUAGGCGAAAUACUUGAUGUAAAUGGUAAAUGUUUACAACGUAGUGAUCGUUCAAUAGUAAUUUCAUUGCGUAAUGGAGAAAAAUUUGUUAUACCGGCAAAUAUUGGUUCACAAUUAAUUGGUCCAGUAAAUGGUCAAACAAUUGCAGUAUUAUUAACCAAAUAUGCCGAUGAUAUUCAUGAAGAACUAGAUGGAAAAAUAUUAAUUAUACGUUUAGGUGAUCAAACAAUACGUUUACAACAACGAAGACAAUUGAUGAGUCAAAAUCCACCUGGAACAAAAUUAAAAUUAUUAUUUCCAUUUAAUCGUCAAGCACGAAAUGAUCCAAUACAAAAAUCAGCAUCGACAAGUACAUUAGGUGGAAGUGUACAACAACCAGAUGCAAGUGGUGGAUAUGCUGUUGAUCCGUUAUUAAUGUUAGCGAAUUUUAUUCAUCGUGCUGCCUCAAUAUAUCAAGAUGAACGUGGUCGAUUAGUAAUUAAAAUGAAUGAAGAUGAAAUUGUUAUACCACGUAUUGAAGCCAUAAAUGCUAUUGAAACAAUAAAUACAUCUCCACAUCGUACGGGUACAAUUGUUGCACGCCUUAUCGAUCGUAUUGGUAAAGUACAAUCAAAUAAAUUAGGUGGAUUAAUUAUUACAAUCGGUAAAACAUCGUUUGAAUUAUCAAAAGAUAUUCUUGAUCGUGCUAAUCAAUUACAUAAAGAAACACUUGAUAAUGAAAAUGAUUUUGCUCUUGAUCGAGACUCAUUAAAUUCAGGUCUAAAUGGUUCAAUGACAUUAUCUCGACAACAACAAAAAUAUCCAUCUUCGUCUUUGCUACCUCUAUUAAGACAUUCUAAAUCUGUUGGCUCGUUGACUACAUCGGCAUCUACUACAACAACACGACAUCCUUGGUUUACUGAUGAUCAACAAAUGAUGUAUACACAAGAUAGUAAUGUUGACGGUCAAUAUCUUAAUUUAGAUAAUUAUAAUCUAAAUUGGCAAAAUUCUCCGCAUAAACACGGUUUACCAUGUGAAGUACGUACAAUAAAAAAUGUAGCACCGUAUCUAAAUAUAUUAGGAUACGUUGAAAAUGAUAAAAAAAAAGCGCUAACAAUUAAUGAUUUAACUAAAAGUCACCCAGAAAUGUUAAAAAAUGGAAAAUUUGAAGAUAUAAAUUAUACAAAUCGUCUAGAAAAUGAUCGAGCUAAAUCACAAACGACACUUUGUCCACGUCCAAGAAUAUUAGUUAUACCCGAUGAUGAAACAAUGUUAUCUUCAAAUCGUCGUACACGAUUUUAUGUUCAAUAUAUGUAUGAAAAUGAUGCUGUAUUAGGAACUGAUCCUGCUUACGUUAUGAUGUUACCUAGUAGAUAUCCGGUACUACCAACUAAUCCACAAUUAAUUGCACCACAUCAUUAUCGAGAUAUCGCAUUAAGAGAAGCGCCUGUGUAUGUACACACGAAAAAUGAAGGUCAAGUCAUGUAUGAGAAUUUGGCACAAUAUCUUUCAAUUGAGCAUCCUGAUGUAUCACCUAAAACUGUUCGUCGUAUGUUAAAAUUUAAUAAUCGUACAGAGUAUGAAGAAUGGUUAGGUCAUAAAAUGGCUCCAGAUGAGGCUAAAAAAUUGGCAAAUGCUUCAGAGCAACGAAGUGAUGGUGAAUCAAGAUAUAUCAAUGUUAAAACUACAGUGCAAGGAGAACAAAAUGAUGAUGAAAAUGAUACGGAUCAAGAUCAUGUUGACGAUGACGACGGCGAUGGUGAGAAUGCAAACAAUCUGUAUGACAGUGAUCAACGUAAUGUUAGACGAGAACAACGAAAUGAUAAUAUUUACUAUAAUUUAAAUAAUCGAAAUUUACAACAGCGUAAACAUGUUCAACCAAAUAAUUAUGAGAGAAAUGAUGAAGAAGUUGAUGAGAAUAAUAUUCCAUGGCAAAAUCAACAAGUAACAACUCAAAGAUCAAUACCACCUGUUUAUCAAAAUCGUCCAUCAAAUCCAACUUUAAUGCACACUAACGGUGCGUUAGGAAAUGUUCGUAACGAAGCAGAGCGUUCUCCAUCGACAUCUAGUAUUGGAUCAGAAAUGGUUAUAGCUAACAUGAGACAGUCAGAAGUACCCUCAUCAACUCCUCAAUCUAGAACAAAUCAUUUUCGUUCACAGCAAUCUCAACAAGUAAAAACACGAUUAAGUAGUUUAACAGAUCAAAAUUAUGGUCGACCUGUUGAACCAUCACGUCCACCUGUUAUCAAUAAAAGAAAUCGUCAAGAACAACAACAACAACCACAACAAAUUUCAACUCAGAGAACAGAACGACCAGUUUGGUUAGCCGGAAAUGAGCAAACGGCAUCACAAAUUCGCUAUAGCAGGCAUGCUGUUAAUGGUGAUGUCGAAAAAACUGCUAUACCUAGAAGUGCUACUUUAUCCGGUCAAAGCGUAGAUAAUGAAAAUGAUGGUCGCCACAGUACGUCUGUAUCACGAAGUGCAAGUGCCGCUGCAAAAGUUGCAACAACGAGUAUGAGCAAGUCAGAUACAAUGAAAUCGACGACGAGCAGUUCGGCAUCAAGUCGAGAACAUCAAACAACUUCAUCAAAUGAUACUAAUCGAAAGCCUGUUUCUGUAGCUCGUACAUCGAGCUCGGUAUCACCAACACGAAAAGAAGAGAAAAAAGAGAAAAAAUCUAAAUUUCGUACACCAUCAUUUUUGAAGAAACGAAAAGAGAAAAAGGAGAAAGAUAGUAAAACAUAA